GACUUUGCUUUGGUGUAAAGCUAUAAUAACCCUCUCUCAUGGGGAGCUCUGUCUCAGAGUCAUCUGAGGGAGACAUGGAGUUUUCUGGUCAUAAUGGGAGUCUCUGUCUCUCUGUUUCCAUUGUGUGUGACAUCACAGAGAAGUUUUGUUUCUUCUUCCCUCCCUCUCUCCCCUUCUGUAAUUGACUCCCCACAUCCUCAAAAGCUUAUAUUUUCUUCCUCUGUAUCAGCUUUAGUAUUCCCUCCUUCCUUUCCCUUCUCAGCCUCUGCUUUCCCCUUUCCCUUUCUUUUCUCCUCCACCUCCUAUUCUCUUCCUUUAUUCUCCCCCAAAGCUCCCACCUUUCUUCGAGUUAUCAGCUCGCUUCCAGCUCUCCGGAAACCUUGACGUAGAUCAAUUGUUUUGCCACUUCUAGUGUUCGGCUCCAGUAAAAGAGAAAUCUUAUAGCCUUUCUGGCCCUCUCGGAAAUGAGUUCUGGACCGUCGAAUCAAUUGCUGCAGUGCUUUCUCAACCUGAAUUCCGACCAUUCCACCGAUCCCGACACCCAACUUGGGUCGGCAAUGAGUUCCUUCAUGUCGUCUCAGUCGUCUAAUUCAGCUGCCCCUGCCAAGAGCUGCGGCUUUCGUGAGCUCGGGGCACGUUUGCAGAGAAUUGACGACUCGAGCGAGGAGGUCUCACCGCGGUCCCAAUUCACGGAUGCUUCUGGGAAUUCGUCUCCAAAAGGCGAUCUUUCCAAGCUGGAUAACGUUCGUCGACACUUGCCUCAGGCCAUGGGAGGGCUAACUAUCGCAGGCAAUCUGGCCCUGGCACAUUUGGAUCAGUUCGCGGCAUGCCCAGGUUUUGUGGAGAGCGCAGCAAGGUUUUCCAGCCUCGACGACCAGGAUCGCUGUUGGCGCUCCAGCCAUCUUGAGCUACCAGGGAAUGCCGUGCUGCAUUCCAGCGUAGCAAGCAACCAGUUUCCGACGGUGAGAUUUGCCGAGUUGUGGAACUCUAGAGAGGAAACAUCGGUAUCCGAUCCGAUUUCUGUGAGUGGAGAAGCAAGCUUAGGAGCUCCCAGAGAUAGCAACGCGAAGAAGCGAAAAGCUCCUCUGAAGAGCAAAGUGAAGGAUACUAUUCAACCGAAAUCCGUCAUUGAUCCUCCCAAGGUGGCAGACGAAGAGGAUUCUGAUGCAAAGAGAUGGCGAUCGACGGGGAACAAUAACGAGAUUGGCAAUGAGCAAAAUGAUGGUGCCAGAACUAGAGGGAAUGCUGAAGAGAAGCAGGAAAGAGAAAGCAAUGACAAGCCCUCAGAGCCUCCCAAGGACUACGUUCAUGUCAGGGCGAGAAGAGGCCAAGCAACCGAUACCCACAGCCUAGCAGAAAGGGUGAGAAGAGAAAAGAUCAGCGAACGAAUGAAGUUACUACAAGAUCUCGUUCCAGGCUGCAGUAAGGCAACCGGCAAGGCGGUCAUGCUUGACGAGAUUAUAGACUAUGUGCAGUCGUUGCAGCGCCAAGUCGAGUUUCUGUCCAUGAAGCUGGCCACUGUAAACCCUGAGUUGGAUUUCAACAAUUUGGCAAAUUUCCGUGCCAAUGAUAUGAUACAAAUUUGUAGGCCUGUGCCAGAUUCAGUGUAUCAAGUUGAAAUGAGCAUGGCAUCAUCACAUGCUAAGCAACCUCAACAGAGGAACAGAAUACGUUCUCAUUGCUUCAUGAACUUGUUAGACCCCACUUGUCAUCUAAGUCUCAUUGCACAUCAGGCUUACCUUAAUGGAAUUGGAGAUGCUUCAUCGCAGCUUGGGACUUUCUGGGAGGAUGAUCUCCAAAGUGUUGCUUCCUUUUGGAACUUCCAUGGUGGGACAUGACCAACUGCUCAAAUGAAGAUUGAGCUUUGAACAGCUCAUUGGUUUGGUAAAAAAAUAUGCAUCUGUAUGUAUAUAUGGUGAUGCUGCACAAUCACAGCCCAGAAGCUUCAGCUAAAAGUCUUUAGGUCUAAGCAUAUUUUGGUCCUAUUUUCUGAUUUAUCGGAAUAGUAUAAUUCUUUGGAUUUCUUAUCAGUUAUCAUUUGUAUGCAAUGAUGUGGUCCAAGUACUUCUGAAGCACCACAUCUGUGAUGUAAGAUUAUGAGGAUGAGAUAUUUGAAGUCACAAUUCUAUGGUCUAAUACUUGAUU